ACCUCUCAAUUACGCUCUGCAAUAACUCCUGGCUGCCACAUUUCCUUCCCUUCCCCAUCUCUUUCUCCUUCUUCUUCUUCUUCUCCCUCUCUUUCUUUCUUUCUUUCUUCCUUUCUUUCUUUCUUUCUUCUUCCUCUUCCUUGUUUUUGAUUUUUUUUUUCUGUUUUUUCAAUUUCUCUCUCCUUUUUUGUAUAUCUAAUUACCAUAAAAGCUUCAGCUCUUGCCAAACAAGCCUCCAAUCAGUCCCUCUGUAUUUGGUUGAUAAGAUUAUAGAGAGCCAAAGCAAGAAGGAAGACAGAAGGAAGAGACAGCGAAGCCAAAGUUGGAUUCUUGGGGAUCUUAGUUGGGCGUUACAUAUACAAGUAAAAUAAAAAUUGCAUUUGGGAGUUGGGUUUUUAUCUUUUUAGUGUCAAAAGGUCGUAUGGAAAAUUGUCAACCCUUAUCUUUCUUUUAUAUAUUUCUCUUACAUUUGUACGUAAGAACAGGUUAGACCUAAAGAAAAAAGAAAGAAAGAAAGAAAGAGAAAGAGAAAGAGAAAGAGAAAGAGAGAGAGAGAGAGAGAGAGAGAGAGAGAGACAGACAGACCCAUUUCAACGGCAAAGUCAGCUCUGUCAAAGAGAAUCUAUCAAAACCCUAUACUCUCUCUAAUCUAAUCUUCUCUCUCUAUAUAAAGCAAACUUCCAAACCCAACACACCACUUUUUAGCACAGUAAUAGAAGUGAGAGUUUGAGCUAUUAAGCUAUAUAAACAUAUUAUUAGGGUUCGUGGGUUUUGAAAUAUGCCUGCCGGUGUAAUGAUUCCGGCAAGAGACAUGCCGUCGAUGAUUGGGACUAAUGGGAAUGCUGGUGGGUUCGGAUCAUCUUCAGGGCUUACCCUCGCUCAGAUUGAAAAACAAUAAGCCUUCAAGAGUAUACUUAAAGAUCUGUAGAAAUGUUCCAGCCAAAUAUGAUGGAGAGUCAGCUUCAUCACCACUUGAACAUGACACAGAACACAUCAGAAAGCGAAUUAGCUCGACUUCGAGAUGACGAAUUCGACAGUACUAAUACAAAAUCCGGCAGCGACAACCAUGAAGGUGGUGCUUCCGGCGACGAUCAAGAUCCUCGUCCUAAUAAGAAGAAAAGAUACCAUCGCCAUACUCAACACCAGAUCCAAGAAAUGGAAGCUUUUUUCAAAGAGUGUCCACACCCAGAUGACAAGCAAAGGAAGGAACUUAGCCGUGAAUUAGGGUUAGAGCCAUUGCAAGUCAAAUUUUGGUUCCAAAACAAACGCACCCAAAUGAAGACACAGCAUGAGCGACAUGAAAACACGCAACUUCGAGCUGAGAAUGAAAAGCUUAGGGCUGAUAAUAUGAGAUAUAGGGAAGCUCUUAGUAAUGCCUCAUGUCCUAAUUGUGGAGGACCUACUGCUAUUGGUGAAAUGUCUUUUGAUGAACAUCAUUUGAGGCUUGAAAACGCCAGACUAAGAGAAGAGAUUGAUCGUAUUUCAGCCAUUGCUGCUAAAUAUGUUGGCAAGCCUGUAGUGAACUACCCUCUUUUAUCAGCACCAAUGCCUCCGCGGCCUCUUGAACUUGGCGUGGGUAAUUUUGGAGGGGAAAUGUAUGGAGCCGGAGACUUACUUAGAUCGAUAGGCGCACCUAGUGAGGCUGAUAAAUCUAUGAUCAUUGAGCUUGCAGUUGCAGCCAUGGAAGAACUCAUUAGAAUGGCUCAAAUGGGUGAACCAUUAUGGAUGAGUAGUCUUGAUGGAACAAAUUGUGUAAUAAAUGAAGAUGAAUAUAUUAGAAUAUUCCCUAGAGGAAUUGGACCGAAACCUACUGGUUUUAAAUGUGAAGCUUCUAGAGAAACUGCUGUUGUUAUCAUGAAUCACAUUAACCUGGUUGAGUAUCUAAUGGAUGUGAAUCAAUGGUCUAUUGUGUUUUCCGGCAUUGUCUCAAGAGCCAUGACUUUGGAAGUUUUAUCAACUGGAGUUGCGGGGAACUAUAAUGGAGCCUUACAAGUGAUGACGGCUGAAUUUCAACUACCUACACCGCUUGUUCCCACUCGAGAGAGUUACUAUGUAAGGUACUGUAAACAACAUGCAGAAGGGACUUGGGCUGUGGUAGAUGUUUCAUUAGACAAUUUACGCCCUAGUCCGGCAGCAAGAUGCCGGAGAAGGCCAUCUGGAUGCUUAAUUCAAGAAAUGCCUAAUGGAUACUCAAAGGUUACAUGGGUUGAACAUGUGGAAGUGGAUGAUAGAGGUGUUCAUAGUCUGUACAAGCAGUUAGUAAGCUCAGGCCACGCAUUUGGUGCAAAACGUUGGGUGGCUACACUUGAUAGGCAAUGCGAAAGGCUGGCAAGUGCAAUGGCAACAAAUAUUCCGACAGGCGAUGUUGGCGUUAUAACUAAUCAAGAAGGAAGGAAGAGUAUGCUGAAACUGGCAGAGAGGAUGGUGAUAAGCUUCUGCGCAGGAGUGAGUGCCUCUACUGCUCAUACAUGGACGACACUGUCCGGAACUGGAGCUGAUGAUGUUAGGGUUAUGACUCGAAAGAGCGUAGAUGAUCCAGGGAGACCUCCUGGCAUUGUGCUUAGUGCUGCUACUUCUUUCUGGCUUCCAGUUCCUCCAAAGAGGGUUUUUGAUUUUCUCCGCGAUGAGAACUCGCGAAGUGAGCUUUAUUACUCAUACUUACAGUGGGAUAUCCUAUCAAAUGGUGGAGUUGUUCAAGAAAUGGCGCAUAUUGCUAAUGGCAGGGAUACUGGCAAUUGUGUGUCUCUUCUUCGAGUAAAUAGUGCAAAUUCAAGCCAAAGCAACAUGCUUAUUUUGCAAGAGAGUUGCACUGAUCCAACAGCCUCUUUCGUCAUCUAUGCUCCUGUCGAUAUUGUUGCAAUGAAUGUUGUACUUAAUGGUGGAGAUCCAGAUUAUGUAGCUCUUCUUCCUUCUGGGUUUGCUAUUCUUCCCGAUGGAACCACCACACACGAUGGAGGAGGCAUUGGCGAACCCGCUUCACCUGGUGGAUCUCUUCUAACUGUUGCAUUUCAGAUUUUAGUUGAUUCGGUUCCUACAGCAAAACUUUCUCUUGGGUCAGUUGCAACUGUCAACAAUCUGAUCGCGUGCACUGUUGAGAGGAUUAAGGCAGCAUUAUCAUGCGAGACCGCAUGAACUACCAUGAAACGUUAAUUAUAGUUAGCGAUUGAAGAAGGAAGAAAAAGAGGAAAUAUAUGAAAAGAAGAUGCGAUUUUGGAUAAUAGAAGAUGGAGAGAGAAGUCAAGAGCGCACCUUACAUGAUCCUUUUCAUGCUCAUGGGAUUUUGUUUAGGGUUUAAGAAAAAGAGAGAAGCUAAACAAAUUUCAUGAGAGAUUGAAAUGGAUUACAGGUUCGGGUAUUGACUUCCCCAAAAGUUUUAAAAAGGAAAAGAACCCAUUAGAGGAGACAACCUUGUUGUACAAGGUUGAACUAUCCCUUUCUCCUACUUGAAACAAUAUUUUUAGGAAGCUAGCUAGGGUUUUGUUGUGCAAGAUGGGGAUUUUUUUUUUUUGGCUUUAAAUUAGUACUGUAACUAACCUGUGUCCUCUUUUUUCCUUCUUCUAUUGUUGUGUGUUUUAGAAGCAUAAAUAGGUGGAAAAAGCUCACACCUAUUGGCUAUUGGCAGACAUUUGCUACCCUUUUUUUCCCAUCUUAAGAGCUUUUGGACUAGACUACUUUUGUUAUAUGCUUUCUCUCUUUUCGGUAAUAUUUAUUAAUUUGCA